UGAAGAAAUUGGCCGCAAUAUUCAGCAAAAAGUCAAGAUGGCAGCGCCCAUUGGUGAACUCAUUACUUUGAGAUUUGUGAAACAAAUAACUGUCGAAUUUUGCCCGUGGGAGAGAAAUGUGCGAUCUAUCAGACAAUUCCUUAGCUACAUUGGCAAUAGCAAAGUGAGGAAUACCAACCAAAAGUGCACUUUGAAGACAAGCAUAAAGCAUGAUGGAACAAAUCCAACAGUCCACAUCAACUAUGUUGACGGUCAGAACCUUCUUUUCAAGACCUCUCACUUGUCCUUGUCCGAGCUGGUUCAAAAGUUUGCUGAAUCAAACGAGACUCGGCUGAACAAAGAAGCAUCGGAGAGCUAACGGAGAAAGGACCACAACUCAGCAUUAAUAACGGUCAAGAUGUAAGGUUUGGUGUUGUUGGAAGUUUGUCAAGUCUGCUUCUCUCACUACAGAAAGGAAAGAAUUGACCAUAAACUGACCUGAACAUGUGAUUACCAAUGACAACAUGUGACCAGUGAGGAGAUUUUUCUGACUGUGGAUGGAUUCCAAUAUAUUUGCUUGACUACUGGAUAAAUGACUGCUACAUUUAGACAAAUUAUCUUGCGGCUAGCAAAAGGGCAAAAGCAUGUUGCACCGUUUUGCUAAACACGGACGCACACUUUCUCACUAAGCAGGAGGUUGUUAGGAAU